AUGGACGUAGUGAAAGCUCCCGUAAGGCUCCUCCACAAGUCGUCGUUCAGCAUAAGCAGUCUGUUAUAUCAACGCGAGGCGCUGAUGAAUGACCGAGGUCCCGCCAUGGACGCGUCGCGUUCUGGAGGUGUCAAAACCCUGUCCCGACAUCAGUUUUUCCCGGAUCAGAAAACCAACUGUGCACUUCUUCGAGAUGGGAAGUAUACUUUCAACGACGACAAGAGAAAGAGUAAAGCACGCUGCAGCUCAAUACGUAUAGAUAAACUGGUACCCAGGGAUAAGAAGAAAAGAGGGGAGAAGAAACUGGUAGACAGAGUUGAAGUGAAGGCAGAAGGAGAGGGAGACAGAGGGAAGAAUGGUAAACCAGAGAAACCCCCUUUCAGCUAUAAUGCUUUGAUCAUGAUGGCUAUUCGUCAAAGCCCGGGAAGGCGGCUUACACUGAAUGGCAUUUAUGAAUUUAUCAUGGACAACUUUCCGUACUACAGGGAUAAUAAGCAAGGGUGGCAAAACUCCAUUCGACACAACCUGAGCCUCAACAAGUGUUUUGUAAAGGUGCCACGCCACUAUGAUGACCCGGGAAAGGGCAACUAUUGGAUGCUGGACCCAUCCAGUGAGGACGUUUUCAUCGGUGGCACGACGGGGAAGCUCCGACGGCGUUCAACAGCUGCCUCCAGAGCAAAACUGGCCAUGAAGAGAGGACCCCGGAUGGCGUCCAACUCUGCAGCAGGUCUGGCACUCACGGGGUCCUUCUACUGGCCAAUGCCUCCUCUCCUGGCCCUGCAACACUCUGCACACUCACACCCGAGUUCAACUUCUUUUCUAGGGUCCUCUCAGAGCAGUUACGUUGCCUCGUUGCUCUCUCACAGCUCGCACAUCACUUCGGCUGUGGCCCCCACCUCGGAAAGACUGCUGCCCACCACCCAAGAGAACACCUAUUUUGGAAUAGGGGGAGAACACCACCGACACCAUCAGAUGACUGCAACCGCAUCCUUCGCGUCUUCUUCCUUACCGUGUGCGUUGCCUCUCCCCGGUCCAUGUUCUUUUAACCUGCUCUCUGGUCAAACCAGCUACUUUUAUUCGCACCAGGUUCCAAACCUAGCCGAUUUUACAUCUUUGUUACAAGAUGACCUCUCACAACCUAAAGUGCCACCGGUCGGGCCGUUUUUGUCUGGAAAGAACAGUUCCUCUGAUUACAUAAGUGGUUUUUGCUCAGAGCAUCCCAAUUAUUUUUGUCCUUUUAGUGCCACGACCCCUCUCAACAUGUAG